CCUCAUCACGAUGCCCUUUUCUCUCGAAGAGUAUCACGUGGGGCACACCUACAUGCGGUCGCGCAUGCAGAUGGAGAACACCAAGGGCCGCGAGGGCGUCGAGGUGAUCGCCAGCGAGCCGUUCAAAGACGACGUCUUAGGCGAGGGGCAUUACUCGCACGUCGUGCACCACUUUCAGGGCCGCGCGCCCGCGUGGAUCCGCGCGCUCGCGCCGCUCAAGGCGCUGCGGCUGGAGGAGAAGAACUGGAACGCGUACCCGCGCAGCCGCAUGGAGCUUAGCUGCCCGUACUUCACCAACUUCAAGAUAGUCGUCGACACGUAUCACCUCGCCGACCGAGGCGACGCGGACAACGCGCACCGCGCACUUUACCUUGAGGCGUACAGGAAGUGCUACGCAUGGGCAGACGAGUGGUGCGAGCUGACUGUGGCGGACGCGCGGCGGAUUGAGCAGGAGAACAUCGACAGUGCGAAAGACGAUGAAGCUUUUAGUGACGCCAUGGAGGAUGCAGUGGAGGGGGAGGAGGAUGGAGAGGAAGAGGAGGGCGUGUUCAAGUCAGUAACAGCUCUACUGGCUGUUGCUCCCGUGGCCGCAUGA